AUGAUUACAUCUUGCUUUGAUCCGCAAGUUCCUGAGAAGAUUCUCACUUGCUUUAUUUCCUGUACCACUUUGUAUUUUCUCGAUAUUGUUCGAUCUCAAUUACUCUUCUUAUACAAAUCUUCACCCGCAACCAAUACAUUUUUUGAUCCACAAAAUCGGUUGGUUCAGGUGUGUAUUUUUGGGGAUCUUGGUUACUUUCAUGGCAAUUCUACACAAAGUCUGAUAAGAAACGGUUUGGCUGAAAAAUUCGACUUCAUUGUUCAUCUUGGUCAUUAUUUUUUAGGAGACAUAGCGUACGAUUUGCAUGCGAACAACGGAACAACUGGUGAUAAGUAUAUGAAUCAACUUGAACCUCUCUUUUCGAAGAUGAGUCUUUCAGCUUAG